AUGGGCGCCGAAGAGCGUGCCUUGGUCCUAGAUGUGGCCGACGUCGCCGACCUCACCGACCUCCCCCAACUUGAUGACGAACUCCACCUAGGAACACCCACUAACAUCCCUGCCGUGGAAAGAGCUCAGACGUCAAGCUUCAUCCCGCCUGCUAAGUGCCUCCCGCUUCCAACCGACUUCCUCUCUCUCAGCGCUGCUGUGCAGACGCCUGCCGUCGCUACGAAUCCCUCACCACAAUCCAUUUCACAAGACGCGCCGACCAGAGGCCAGACCAAAAGGAGAAAGAAGAGAUCGGCGCAAGCCGAUCUGGUGGAGGAAAUCAGCGCGCCGCUCAGUGUGCUGGCCAAGGAUCUCUCCCACAUCGAGGAUGUCGACAUCGAGAAAUUCGUCCACCACGGGACCGAAGAGCGGAUGAAAGAGAAUGAGCAAACCGGCAAGGUAAAGCAACCCCUCAAUUCAUUCAUGCUCUACCGAAAGGCGUUUCAGAACAGGGCUUAUGAGUUGCUGAAGUCCCUCAACUUGGGCGAUCACUGGCAGCAGAGGGUCUCUACAGUUUGCGGCACCAGCUGGGCAAUGGAGCCUGCGCAGUUGCGCGAAUGGUUUCGCCAAAUGGCUCAAGUCGACAAACAAUACCACAAGUUGGCAUUUCCUAGUUACCGUAACCCAGCGAGGAUACCUGAUCCAGAAUCCAAGCCUGCUAAGGUACGGGAAUUCCUCGAGACCCAGGAAAGAGUUGAUUGGGCCUGGGAAUAUCUCGAAGCCAAGAGAGUCGCCAAGAAAGUCACACAAGAUACUCUCCUCGCAGCACUGGUGGGGAGUGCUGCCAGGGAAAGAUGCAAGACAGGAAAACGAUCGAUGAUGACAGAUGGGGCUUUGAGCCCUCGACACAAAAUGAUUUCUCGAGCUGCGAAGCAAAGAGGAUUUAGUGGACCAUGUGAUAACUUUAGACUACGAGUAAAUGUACACAUGUCUUUGGCGCCGUUACUUCAGCUUCUGUGA